AUGGAUAAAGGCAAGAAUACUUUAGAAGAAUCAUCCGGGUCUACACUGAACCCAUAUGCGAAGCCCUUUAGACCUCCAGCAAAUGUACCACGGUUUGAAAGAAUCCCGGUCGAUCGUGAUAGAACCUUGUUCAGGAGGUUUUCCACUGAUUUUCCACCAAUCCUUCCGCAAGAAAUUCCAGCAAAUGUACCACGGUUUGAAAGAAUCCCGAUCGAUCGUGAUAGAACCUUGUUCAGGAGGUUUUCCACUGAUUUCCCACCAAUCCUUCCGCAAGAAAUUCCAGCAAAUGUACCACGGUUUGAAAGAAUCCCGAUCGAUCGUGAUAGAACCUUGUUCAUGAAGUUUUCCACUGAUUUCCCACCAAUCUUUCCGCAAGAAAUUGACGACUACUUUACGAGGCGAUUUGGGACCUGCUGCAUUGAGAGCCUUUACGUACCCGGGCGAAAUGAAGGAGAUUCACAGUUGGGAAUCGUUACAUUCUCAAGAAUACUUAUUCCUUAUGACAUAAUGGGACUAAGGGAAGAGGUGGUGUUGUUUAUCUGCUCUAGGCCGGUUCAUUUCAAGAGAUACUUGGGAAGAAGUGGUGUUGCUUAA